AUCCGAACUUUAAUUCACAAAGAACCAUGGGUGGUCAUUUCUGCCUCCUUGUUUCUUUUUGCUUGGUCGCCAUUCUUUUCACCCAUGCACCACUAGCGGCUACUCGUCAACUUAAAUCUAAGUCAGAUGAUUUCACAAAAGAAUCUUUAGAGUAUAUUCCACUUGACUAUCAUGAUAUAGCUCCAACUCCCGCCACCCCCGUUACACCAGCACCGCCAUGCAUAGGUUGUCGUUCCUCUACGGAUCAGGAAAAGCCAGCUACUGCACAACAUUCACAAGUCAGUGAAGAUAUGUCGCCAUCACAUGAAAAGGAGAAAAAUAAGGCGACACAAAAACAUGUGUCAUUUUAAUAUGAGUUUUACACCUUCAUGUAGUAUGUAAUGACUUCUGAACAACAGAUGCAUAUGUUCUAAAUUAAUAAGACCCAUCUUUCUGUGA